UAUACCAUUAUCUGCUUUUACUGGAAUCAAUCGUCAAGCAGAGCCCGAUCUCACUUUCACUUACCCGAAUUGUUAAACAAAACAGGAAAGAGGAAUCAGGGCACAAUAAAAGUGCCCGGUUCUUGAAGGGACUGCAAUAUUUGGCUCAUUUUUCUUUUCUUUUCAAAGUUGUUACCUUUACCCAGAAUUUCCAAGAUAAUUCCUUCGUUGCCCUUGAUUUUGGCUUCUGGGUGUUGCUUGAACUUCCAAAUCAAGUUCUGGGAAACCUAGUUCUUUAAGAUGUGGAUGCGAUUGUCAUGCUAAUGUUGCUACCAGGUGGUGGAUUAGGGAUGAAUCCUUCCAUGGAUGAUAUGAACUUGAUUCAAGCACAAAGACAUCUGGUCAGGGAUAUUGGUGAGGAGAUUGAUUUGGAAAUUGGACCUGGAGAUGAUGACCCUUCAUUUGCCAACACUCCUCUCCUUGGUGGCCCAUCACAAGAACCCUAUGCAGAAGAGCAGGACGAAAGUAAGCAGAUGUCAAUGGGAUCUCAACUCCCAAAUGCUGAUCAAGAUAUUUUGAAGGUGCAACCUGCAAAAAGGAAGAAGAAGGUUGUGAAAAGAUGGAGAGAGGAAUGGGCUGAUACAUACAAGUGGGCAUAUGUUGAUGUGAAGGAAGGAACGGCAAGGAUAUUCUGUUCUGUUUGUAAAGAAUAUGGUAGAAAGCAUAGAAGGAAUCCUUAUGGCAAUGAAGGAAGUAGAAACAUGCAGAUGAGUGCAUUGGAAGAGCACAAUAAUAGUUUGCUUCACAAGGAGGCUCUUCGUCUCCAAAUGGCCUCGAAGGAUAAGAUUGUUGUUGAUAAACCCAUUUAUGUAAAAGCUCUUAUGUCCAAAACAGCUGGAUCAAUUAUUGAAGCUGCACUGAAAAGGGACCCCCAUGAGGUUGAGUUCAUACAAUCUGUCCAAGAAGCUGUUCAUGCUUUAGAUAGAGUGAUUGCAAAAAAUUCCCAUUAUGUCAGCAUCAUGGAGCGUUUGUUAGAACCAGAACGAAUGAUUAUUUUUCGAGUUUCAUGGAUGGAUGAUAGAGGUGAAACACAUGUCAAUCGAGGCUUCAGGGUGCACUUUAAUCAGGCAUUGGGUCCCUGUAGGGGUGGUAUUCGGUUUCAUCCAAAAAUGAACUUAAGUGUUGCCAAAUUUCUUGGUUUUCAACAGACAUUGAAGAAUGCUUUAUCACCUUACAAACUAGGAGGAGCAGCAGGUGGAAGUGAUUUUGAUCCCAAGGGAAAAAGUGAUAACGAGAUCAUGCGGUUUUGUCAAAGUUUCAUGAAUGAGAUAUAUCGUUAUUUUGGUACGGACAAGGAUCUUCCAUCAGAGGAAAUGGGAGUUGGUAUUCGAGAAAUGGGUUACCUCUUUGGACAAUACAGACGUCUAACUGGUAAUUUUCAGGGAAGUUUUACAGGGCCAAGGGUAUUUUGGUCAGGUUCUAGUCUUCGAACUGAAGCAACUGCUUAUGGGCUGGUUUUCUUUGCCCGACUCAUUCUUGCGGAGUUGAAUAAAGAUAUCAAAGGGCUGAGAUGUGUUGUAAGUGGUUUUGGAAAGAUUGCAAUGCACGUUCUGGAAAAGCUUGUUGCUGUUGGUGCUCUCCCCAUUACAGUAUCAGAUUCAAAGGGAUAUUUGGUUGAUGAGGAUGGGUUUGAUUAUAUGAAAAUAUCAUUUUUGAGGGAUCUCAAAGCUCAACAAAGAAGUUUGAGAGAUUAUUCAAAGACUUAUGCUCGGUCGAAGUACUAUGAUGAAGCAAAGCCUUGGAAUGAAAGGUGUGAUAUCACAAUUCCCUGUGGUUCUCAAAAUGAAAUUGACCAGGCUGAUGCCAUUAAUUUGGUUAAUUCAGGUUGUCGUAUACUUGUAGAAGGCUCCAAUAUGCCUUGCACUCCUGAAGCAGUUGAUGUAUUGAAGAAGGCUAAUGUCAUCAUUGCUCCUGGCAUGGCUGCCGCUGCUGGAGGGGUUGUUGCAGGAGAAAUAGAAUUAAAUCAUGAAUGUAAUGUAAUGCAUUGGUCUCCGGAAGACUUCGAAUCUAAAUUACAGGAAGCAAUGAAACAGACAUUCAAUAGAGCACUCAAAGCAGCAAAUGAUUUCGGUUAUCAAAAAGAAAGUCCCGAGGCUUUGCUACACGGAGCAGUCAUCUCCGCCUUUCUGGCCAUCGCUCAAGCCAUGACUGAUCAAGGAUGUGUAUAGAAAAAUAAAGUUAUUUAUUGUGGAUCAGUUCCAAUGACCACCAUUUCGAGACUUUCACUCCAUAGCAAGAAAACUGGAGAGCUAUUAACGUAUUCGUAUCGUCGUCGGAAUCAUUACCGGAUAAAAAAAGAAAAAGGCACGACUGAUCUCAAUGUAACAUACAUGUAAUGUUGUAGUAGUGCCUAGUGCAAGACAUGGAAAUGGAUGAGUUGUUAUUUUAUAACUUCAUUGGAAUAGGAAUUUGGACGAGCAAUGUGUGAUGAUAGUUGUAAGGUUGGAAUAGAAAACAUUUUAAUUUUUUGGCCUGCCUGUCAGCCUGUAAUAGUUUCGCUAUAAAAAAAUUGUAAGUUCUAGUGCUACGUGUCUUUCUCACAUACUUUGACAACAACAUUAAUUGGAAAUAAAACAUUCUUUUAUUAUUAUUAUUAUUAUUA